GCCUUGGGUUGGGGGCACGGCAGGUCGUUACGCACACAGAAGCGUGUUGGCCACGCAAAGCCCAGAAGACGAUCCCAACCGUGUUCUGUCAGGGCACAAGGAGCUCAGUGCGGUGUCUCACACACAGGGCUGUGAAUAUCAGCGCUGUUCCGCCUGGGAAGCACCAUCAGCCUUGCAUUUUCUCACGUGAGGAGUGUUUCUGCUUGCCUAGGAUGGAGAAGCAGAAAAUUCUGAUGAAGUCCAAGGUUGCUGCUCCUCACCUCCUGAGGGCCCUGCAUUCGCUGUACCAGUUCGGCCACCUCUGCGACGUGACCAUUCACACACAGCAGCUCGGGAUUCAGGAGGAGUUCCUGGUUCACAAAGCUGUCUUGGCAGCUUCCAGCAACUAUUUCAAGGGGCUUUUCCUGCGCGAUGAGAUGCUGGGCGCCGCGAGCUGCACGGUGACUCUGCAGGACAUCUACACAGAGGAGUUCGCCUCCUUCCUGGAGUUUGUUUACACGGCAGAAGUGGAGAUCGAAGCAGAAAAACUGCAGCGGAUGAGGGAAGUAGCGGAAAGGCUUGAAUGUAAGGAUCUGCUGGAUGUUUGUGAAGAGGUGAAAGCAGAGGGCGGGAAGGGGUUAGGUUUGAGUUGCCCUCUGAAAGGGCAGCUGUGUGAAAGCGCUGGGCCACGGUGGACUCGCGUCCAGCACGAGGAGGACCACAAGCUGAGUAACGCUUCCCCGGCUGUGGCAAUCCCCACACGGAGCAAACUCUGGGACAGGCAAAACCACACGAAGCUGCCUCCUGGCUACGGCCUGAUCGAAGGCCAAGCAGAAAGCCUUGAGCAAGGGGACACUGCUUUCCCUGACCCCAAAUCCAGGGCUGCAAAGCUCCCAAAGACAGACUCCAGAAACGGCCUCGGCGUGGACGUCGCUUGUCUGGGAAACGAGCCUGCUCGUUCUGUCCUCAGCGGGACUGAGUCAGGGGAGCCCUGCGUGGCCACGCCAAAGGCCCUGCCUGAGCAGUGGGAAGGCGCAGAGGGUCUCAUUGCCACGUUAGCCGGGAGAAGGGCGGGUGGGCAAUCGGCGCGGCGCGUGGCCAAAGCCCCAGCGUGCCAGCGCUGCCACCAGGCCUUCCGCGCCCUCCAGCAGUCCCGGCCGCGUGUGGGGCUGCGGCACGCCGGGAGCCUGCCUGGCAGCUACAGCAGCGAGGCCUGCCAGCACCUCUGCCCCUCCCUGCGGGCCCUCCGCCAGCACCGCCGCACCUCCUGCCUCUUCUGCUACAACAGGUUUAAGAGGCAGAGGGACUUAAAGGAGCAUGUGUGCCGGGUGCAGGAGAGGCAGCGGCGUGCCCAGGCCUGCCCCUGCUGCCACAAGGCCGUCGGCUCCAGGUGUGGCCCGGCCGGCCGCCUCCACACGCACACCGGGGAGAAGCCCCAUCGGUGCCAGCGCUGCCCCGCCGCCUUUGCUCAGAGGUCUGCUUACAGUGCCCACGUAAGAAAAGUUCACGAGUCUGGGCAAGAGAGAAAACUUCUGCCUGUCUAUUGGAUGGUGGUUCCACCUGCUCCCAGACCAAAUGCCUGUGACAAGGGCCCCAGUGGAGGGAGGUGGGAUGGGCCAGCAGGGGCUGAAGGGGACAAGUGCAGGAGGCACGAAGAGGCCGCCGGCCCUGAGGAAGAAUGUGGGGCUUCCCCUGUUCCUGAAGCAAGUGGCGGCAGUGAGCGAGGGGAAGGGAGGCAGAAAUACAGGGCAGCUGGAGCAAGGAGGGAAAAAACAAGCGAGGAAGGGGACGAAGGUGAGGGUGGAACGAGUGUGAAGGGUGAGGAGGAGGCAGGUUACGAAGAGGGGUAUUCAGAAGUCGAAGACGGUGGAGAAAACGGCGAGGUCUGUGCUGAGGAGGAGGAACGUGCUAAAGAGAAGGGCAGCAAAGGACGUGAAUCAGAGCAGGACUUUGAAAUGAAGAAGGUGAAUAGAAGCGGGGUGAGUAAGAGGUGUGCCUAUGUGAUAAGGUGUGAGAAGUGUAACGAGCAGUUUGUUUCCCGGAAGAAGUACGUGGAUCACUGCAGAGAUGUCCACCAGUGCUUGCCCGGCAAGGCCUACCAGUGUGAUGUGUGCAGCAAGUCGUUCGCCAGCUACAACAGCUGGAAGGAGCACCGUGCGUGCGUGCACACGGAGGAGAGGCGCUUUGCCUGCAGCCUUUGCACCGCCACCUUCAAAAGGAAGAGGGACGUGCGGACGCACUGCCUGCGGAAGCACGAGGGCAGAGCCAGGCGGCCGCUGUGCUCCGUCUGCGGCAAGAUGCUGAGCUCGCGCACGGCGCUCGUGUUCCACAUGCGGACGCACACCGGGGAGAAGCCCUACGAGUGUGGCGUUUGUCACGCCAAAUUCGCUCAGCCCUCGCAGCUCAAGAUCCACACCAGGUCCCACACAGGGGAAAAGCCGUAUAUUUGUGAGGACUGCGGGGCUUGCUUUGCUGACAGAGGCAAACUCACAGGCCACAAACGGACCCACACAGGGGAGCGUCUCUUUAAGUGUGAUGUGUGUGGAAAACACUUUGCCACCAAGGAGUACCUCAAGUGCCACAAGCGCUGCCACAUGGGCGCCAAGCCCUACAGGUGUGAGGUGUGCGGGAAGGCAUUCGGGCUGCGCGCCUCGCUGGCCCAGCACACCAACGUCCACGCAGAGACGCGGCCGUAUUUCUGUGAGCAGUGCGGGAAGGCUUUCACCCAGCAGGGCGCGCUGCGCCGCCACCACCGCAUCCACACCGGGGAGAAGCCCUACAAGUGCCGUGCCUGCGAGAGGAGUUUCACCGACAUGUCCACGCUGCGCAGACACGUGGCGAUUCACGACCGAAACGCUCACUGGAGAAGUUUCUUAAUAGACCUCACGGCCAAAAAACACCAUAACUGGUCCAAAAUAGAGCCGUUUUCGGGAGCCUGCGUGGGCGGAGACUCAGCGCCGGAGGUUUGGUCGGUUGACCAAGGUAAACUUUAUAAAGCGGACAGCGCUGUUGUCCAGAAGGCAGCACACGCGCCGGCGGCUGUCAGCAACCCCGGCGAGGCCGAGCGCUCCGGCCUGCGCUGACCAGGGCCGAGAUGGUGACGCUGUGCCGCCCGGCGCCGAGCCCGAGCCUGCCGCGGCCGUUCCCCGAGCUUUGUGCUCUGUACGCUCGGGGCGGGCCCGGCCGUUCCCCCGAGCUUUGUGCUCUGUACGCUCGGGGCGGGCCCGGCCGUUCCCCCGAGCUUUGUGCUCUGUACGCUCGGGGCGGGCCCGGCGCAACGCCUGGCGCCCCGCUGCUUCGCGUUCCAAUAAAGAUGCGCUGGCGGGAGCCGCCCGUCCGUCACUGA